AUGGCGGUGGACACGGAGGUGGCGGCCAUCAUGGAGGUGGUGGGCACCACGGGGGAGGUGGCGGCCAUCACUGGGGAGGUGGCGGCGGUCACCAUUGGGGUGGAGGAGGAGGUGGGCACCACUGGGGCCAUCACCAUCACGGGGCUUGAAUUUUCCAAAUUUUCAGGUUAUGGUUAUGGCUACCGUCCUUACUACGGAUAUGGUGGAUACGGCUAUCAAAACAACUACUACAAUUAUAACAACUAUUAUAACUACGGAACUUGCACUCCCGUCAGCAUCAGCGGCGGGUGGUACCAGUGCUACUGUGUCAAUGGCAAUAGCGUCCAAUACGUCAAUCAAUACGGCGGCUGCCCGGGUGCUGUACAGAAUUAUAAUUAUGGAAAA